UCCAUCCGGUACCGCGAGCACGGCGAACCCCUCCUUGCGAGACGGGACGUCGAGGUGGGAGAGGCGGCUAUGAGAGCGUGAGGAACUAGACCUCAUCCGAAACCGCGAGCCGAGCCGAACAUGGCUACCAACCGCCCGGAGGCCGCCCCGUCGUCGUCGGCCCAACCCAAUCUAAGGGUCACGAUCAUCGCCGCCGACGGUCUGUACAAACGUGAUGUAUUCCGACUGCCUGACCCCUUCGCCGUCGCUACCAUCAACGGCGAGCAAACCAAGACAACCGCCGUCCAGAAACGAACUCUCAACCCCUAUUGGAAUGAAAGCUUCGACUUCCGAGCGAACGAGGAUAGUAUUCUCGCGGUUCAAGUUUUCGACCAGAAGAAAUUCAAGAAGAAGGAUCAGGGAUUCUUGGGCGUUAUCAACAUUCGGAUUGGUGAUGCCAUUGAGUUAGCAGACGGCGCCGAUGACUCGAUGCUCACGAGGGACCUCAAGAAGUCUACGGAUAACCUCGUAGUCCACGGUAAAUUGAUUGUAAACCUCUCCACUAACCUGACCACGCCUGCGCGUCCCGUACAGCAACCCUUGUCGGCGAGCCCUAGUCGACCUUCCCUGACGCCCCAGACGUCCACCCUCAGCGCCGAUCGGCCUUCGGAGCGUCCUAUGUCUUCCGCCUCUGGUGUCAAUGGCCUUACUCCCGGGGUCCAGUCCACCCUACCCAUUCGACCAAACGGUGCGGGGCCCACCGCGGUGAAUAUUCCCCCUUCACAAACUCGAUCGUCAAAUCAGAUGAGUCCCUUUGAAGAUGCCCAGGGCCGUUUACCUGCCGGUUGGGAGCGACGUGAAGAUAACCUAGGAAGAACUUACUAUGUCGAUCACAAUACCCGAAGUACGAGUUGGAAUCGGCCGACGCAGACCGGCAACUCAGCCGAGAACCGCGGCGAGAGAGAGGCGGCCACUCAGGUGGAACGCCAGAGGCAUCAGAACAGAACCCUCCCCGAGGACCGCACCGGCGCCAACUCCCCGUCCCUUCAGCCGCAGUCGCAAUCUCAAUCUGGCGGCUCCCCGCAUAGCCCUAACCCCAGCACUAUGAUGCACACGGGCGCCACGAGCCCCGGCUCUGGCGAGCUCCCGCCCGGCUGGGAGCAGCGGUGGACGCCCGAAGGCCGUCCUUACUUCGUCGAUCACAACACUCGGACUACGACCUGGGUGGAUCCUCGGCGUCAGCAGUACAUCCGGAUGUACGGCGGCCAUAACAAUGCUAAUGGGACGGUACAGCAGCAGCCGGUUUCGCAGCUUGGCCCCCUGCCCAGUGGCUGGGAGAUGCGGCUGACGAACACCGCCCGCGUCUACUUCGUGGACCAUAACACCAAGACGACCACUUGGGACGAUCCCAGAUUACCCUCCUCUCUAGAUCAGAACGUGCCGCAGUACAAGCGAGACUUCCGAAGAAAGCUGAUAUAUUUCCGGUCCCAACCCGCCAUGCGCAUACUCACCGGACAGUGCCAUAUGAAGGUACGGCGAUCGCACAUCUUUGAGGAUUCGUUCGCGGAGAUAUCGCGCCAGUCGGCGGCCGACUUGAAAAAGCGCCUGAUGAUCAAGUUCGACGGCGAGGACGGUCUAGACUAUGGCGGUCUAUCCAGAGAGUUCUUUUUCCUAUUGUCCCACGAAAUGUUCAACCCCUUCUAUUGCCUCUUCGAGUAUUCGGCCCACGACAACUAUACCCUCCAGAUCAACCCGCAUUCCGGUAUCAACCCCGAGCAUCUAAACUACUUCAAAUUUAUCGGCCGCGUGGUCGGCCUGGCCAUAUUCCACCGGCGAUUCCUCGACGCAUUUUUCAUCGGCGCUCUCUACAAGAUGAUUUUGGGCAAGUCUGUGGUCCUGGCCGAUAUGGAGGGCGUGGACGCGGACUUCCACCGAAGUUUGCAGUGGAUGCUGGAUAACGACAUUUCUGGCGGCAUACUGGAGCAGACCUUUUCAACCGAGGAUGAGCGCUUCGGUGUGGUAACGGUCGAGGACCUCAUCCCCAACGGGCGCAACAUUGACGUGACCAACGAGAACAAGAAGGAAUACGUCGACCUCAUGGUCAAAUGGCGCAUCGAGAAGCGCAUCUCGGAGCAGUUCCAGGCCUUCAGGGACGGUUUCCACGAGCUCAUCCCCCAGGACCUGAUCAACGUGUUCGACGAGCGCGAGCUCGAGCUCCUCAUCGGCGGUAUUGCCGACAUUGACGUGGACGACUGGAAGAAACAUACCGACUAUCGCGGCUACACGGAGAGCGACGAGGUCAUCCAGUUCUUCUGGCAGACGGUGCGGAGUUGGGACGGGGAACAGAAGAGCAGGCUGUUGCAAUUUACUACGGGUACCUCGCGAAUCCCCGUCAACGGCUUUAAAGAUCUCCAAGGGAGCGACGGCCCGAGACGGUUUACCAUCGAAAAGGCCGGCGAGGUUGGUAACUUGCCCAAGGCGCAUACUUGUUUUAACCGCUUGGACCUGCCCCCGUAUAAAACGCUGGAGCAUUUGCAGAAUAAAUUAACCACAGCGGUCGAGGAGACGAUGGGCUUCGGUCAGGAGUAGAGACAAGAGAAAGGGGCGGGACUGGAGUUGGCUGGUCAAAGUUUUUUUUUUUUUUCCCUUGUCGUUGCUUGCCGGACGUUCUCGCUGUACAUAGACAGAUGAAAUGAACGAUGCUUGUUGCGACAUGCCUACGGAAUACGGAC